GUCAACAAAAUGGCAUGAGUUUGGCAGCCUUCGACAUGGCGAGCUGGUAGUAAUCGCAUCCUAUGCCCUAAUCUGAUCAAAUGCACCUCGAACAUACAAUUCACACAUUCACCAGGGCGACCGGUCCAUAUUUAUACACCACAUCUACUAGAACGUGUAUAAAACGUGACUGCCAACGCGAUAGUCAGAGGAGUGCGAUCACAGUCUUGGUGCUAAGUCCCCAUCUCCUUAAAGUACCUAUUUCAGUCUCAGUUCUUAGCUUGUUGGUCUUGAGUUAUCCAAAAGCACCUCAUUUCAUUAUAUUUUGUGUUUUUCCAUAUAUAUCAAACUUCCACCCACCAUCAGUUUCGAACGUUUACAAAUUGUGCUGUGGAGAAUCUCUCAAUGGCGAUUUCUCUCAAGUCAAAUUGCCGCUACCUCGUACAAGUCACCGUCUUAAUCUCCAGAAACUAGUGGUAUGAGCCCGAUAUUGGCCCUCAUUACCUUUACUAAACUCGGAAUGUCCAGUCAACUCAUGCUUAAUAAGACAAAAUAUCAGCAUGCUCGUGUUGCCUGGGAUAACUCCGUUACGUCGCGGCCCACAAGCGACAAGACCAAUUUCAUACGUCCUCUGCAAUUUCCUAUCCGCCCAUUGUCUCCCAACCACAAGCACGCAGUCGACAUACAUAGUUCUGAUCGACUUCAUAUUACUUUCAAUACGCAUUUUCGUCAAGGGCAAUGUGGCAACAAAGUUGCCCAGUCGUCAAGAAACUCUCACUUCUUGGCAGGGGCUCGAGUUUCUGUCCAUGGCAAGACCGUGAGAGCCUCGGACCCGCUGGGACGGUACCACAAAUAUCACCUUCGAGCCCGUCCGUGUCGUAUAACUUCGAGACCAUUUCGGAUUUCCCGAGCAAAAACACAGCCAGGGGAACUAAAGAGCACGGAUGGCAGACGAAGAAGCUUAGGUGGUGGAAGUGAAACACCAGUAUUACUUCGAGUUGAACGCAUGACCGGAGGCUGGGACGCUACAAGUAACUCUAUUGGGUCAUUUCGCAGCAGUUUUGAGCAAUCAGAUGACGACUCGGAAGGUACGACGAGCCUGACUUGGGAAGAAAGGAUAGCGAAUGGUUUAGGAAUAUGGGACAAUCCUGAAAAGAAAAGAAGCAGUCUGAAGGCUCUGAAUCCCUCUUCAGAGCAUGAAGCGAACCUGGACGCCAUGUCUCCAGAGUACUGGCACAUCCUUGGAGAUGAUGUCUCUUGGAUAGUGCCACACGAAAAUCAAGCCGACGAAGUCUCACCAGAACAGUAUUGGACUUGGAGCGUGGACAGACAGCAAUGGUUUCAUCUUGACGAGGAGAAAAAGGCAGUCGUCUGGGCUCCGAAAGAUUUCGGGUAGCAUCAAGGGUAUCUAAGAUAUAUAACUCACUCUUCCGUACGAAGUCAGUUUAAGGUACGCUAUCCCACUGAAUAAUGACUUCCAACUACUGGGCUACAAGCAUAAGUGACAAAGAUAUAGUUGAAGCACUGAUGGAACUCGUACUCCUUAACCAUUUUCAAGUACUGUCAGGUUGUAUACAGCUCUAGAAGAAAUAGUUAUUACUUCCAGGAAUAAUGGGUAUACACUUGCGCGUUUCUUUAUAAGUAUGCGAUUACUGUAGGUUUUUGUUUUGGG